CUCCUCUUCCUCCUCCUCCUCUCCAUCCCUCCAUUCCUACAUCGCCGCUGCCGCUCGUAGCUGCCGGGCUCUGCCUCGGCCGCCUUCUCUCCCCACCCUCCCAAUCCCCGCCACCAGCCAUGGCCGACAUGAAGACCGGCAUCUUCGCCAAAAACGUCCAGAAACGCCUCAACCGCGCCCAGGAGAAGGUUCUUCAAAAACUAGGAAAAGCAGAUGAAACGAAAGAUGAACAGUUUGAAGAAUAUGUUCAAAAUUUCAAACGGCAAGAGGCAGAGGGUUCCAGACUCCAGAGAGAACUGAGAGGAUAUUUAGCAGCCAUUAAAGGAAUGCAAGAUGCCUCAAAGAAACUUACAGAGUCUCUCCAUGAAGUGUAUGAGCCAGACUGGUAUGGACGUGAAGAUGUGAAAAUGAUUGGAGAGAAAUGUGAUGAACUUUGGGAAGACUUCCAUCAAAAACUGGUGGAUGGGUCAUUGUUAACACUGGAUACAUAUCUAGGACAAUUUCCUGAUAUCAAAACUCGCAUUGCAAAACGAAGCAGAAAGCUUGUGGACUACGACAGUGCAAGGCAUCAUCUAGAAGCCCUGCAGAGCUCAAAAAGAAAAGAUGAGGGCAGAAUCACCAAGGCAGAAGAAGAAUUUCAAAAGGCACAGAAAGUGUUCGAAGAGUUUAACACUGACUUGCAAGAAGAGUUGCCAUCUCUGUGGUCACGACGAAUUGGCUUCUAUGUGAACACCUUCAAAAAUGUAUCCAGCCUUGAAGCCAAGUUUCACAAGGAAAUAGCUUUAUUAUGUCACAAACUAUAUGAAGUGAUGACAAAGCUGGGGGAUCAGCAUGCAGACAAGGCCUUCACCAUUCAAGGGGCACCAAGUGAUUCAGGUCCACUCCGCUUUGCAAAAACACCAUCACCACCAGAGGAGGCCUCUCCCCUACCUAGCCCUACUGCUAGUCCCAAUCAUAUGCUGGCACCAGCGUCUCCGGCACCAGCCCGACCCAAGUCACCUACACAGCUGAGGAAAGGUCCGCCAGUCCCACCACUGCCUAAACUCACGCCCACAAAGGAGUUGCAACAGGAGAACAUCAUUAACUUAUUUGAUGACAACUUUGUCCCAGAAAUCAAUGUGACAACCCCAUCACAGAAUGAAGUACCUGAAGCUAAGAAAGAGGAAUCAUUACUGGAUUUGGACUUCGACCCUUUCAAGCCAGAAGCUGUAUCAACAGGAGUUAGUCAUUCACCCAUGUCUCAGACAUUGCCAUGGGAUCUAUGGACGACAAGCAGCGAAUUGGUGCAGCCGGCAUCCACCACAGCAUUUAAUGGAUUUGCACAGGAUAUCCCUGCAUUUACAGUGCAAUCAAAUGAGAAUGUGGAAGAGCCUUUGACUGAGGCUGAAGAAACUCCACCUGGGGAACCUAAGGUUGAGGAAACCCCUGCUGCUGCUGCUGCUGUUGUGGAAAAGGAGGCCGUCCCUGCUGAGCCAGCAGAGCAGGCUGUGGAGAAUGUCGAGGCAGGAGAUAAGGAGACAACUGGAGUUGCUGAGAAGGAAAGCGAGCUGGUACCUGUUGGUGAGAGGAUUGCAGCAUCAGAAGAUAGUGCAGCUGUGGCAGCAGGAGCUGCCACCGCUGAGCAGGAGGAUAUUGCUGAAGGAGACAAACCUCAGGGAGAAGAAAAAGAGGCUGAUAUGUCUCAGGAAAAGAUCAGCAGCAUCCCUUCAGUAGUAAUAGAUCCAGCAUCAAACAACGAGGGGGAGGGAGAACAUGAAGUCACCAUGAAUGAGUCCAGAGAUGCCACAGCAGAGAUGGGCGCUCAGGUCACUGACACUUCUCUCAGUGAAAUUUCCCAGUCUGGAAAUGAUCAGAAACCUGCUGAAGAAAUCCAGGCUGUACUUUCUCAGGAUCAGCCUGCUCCAGCAGAAGAUGCAGCUUCAGCAAUGCCACCUGGUUUUCUCUAUAAGGUUGAAGUUCUGCAUGAUUUUGAGGCAGCUAACAGUGAUGAGCUUAAUUUAAAACGAGGAGAUAUUGUACUAGUAAUUCCUUCUGAGACCACAGCUGAUCAGGAGGCUGGCUGGUUGACUGGCAUUAAGGAAUCCGAGUGGCUUCAGUACAAAGAUGCAAAUAGUUAUAAAGGACUUUUCCCAGAGAACUUCACACGCCAUCUGGAGUAGUUCUCCCAGGCAGACAAAUGUAGUAUGAAACUCAGUCAGUAGGUUUUUAACCUCUUUGAAACACAGGAGCCCACCUUUUUGUUGUUUAAGCUGUUAAUGGUUUACAGACUGGUGCCAGACAAAGCUAGUUGAAACAUAUCAAAUGAGCAUGAAUGCAAACAGUUAAGCUGUAAUUUCUGAAGCAGUACAUGGGAAAAAAAAUCAGUUAAAAAUGAAAUGUCCUUAUUUGUUCACGAGUAUGUGGCGACAGGUUUGUUUGUGCUUCGUCAGAGCUAUGGUGAUCCUGUAUUUGGUCCUUUCCCAUGAAAUCUGAAAUUAGCUUCCUCAAUACCAAAACCUUAACUUCUCUGCACUAAGUGUAUUGUAUUCCGUUGCACUGCAGAAAAUUUAAUUAAUUAUCCUGUAGCUAUAAGGUCAAACUAUUACAAGUUCCAUGUGUUAAAAAGGUAGUUAACUACUGCAACAUUUUUCAGUGUUAUUUUUGGACAUGCAUAAUACAUAUACACAAGAACUUAUGUGUAUAUAUAAGUGCAUAUGGCUAUAUGCAUUUUCACAACUUCAUUGUAGCUCUUUGGCCGUGUAGUAUCAUCCAGUACAUGCAUUGCUUUUUCAUUGUCUGGCAUUACAGGUAAUAGUUUUGUUCAAAGUAAAACUAACUACUCUAUUGCCAAAACAUGAUACAAUAUCUGUGUUUGUAAUGUGAACUUUUCAUUCUUAGAUGAUGAAUAACAUCAUGUUCAAAGCCGCUAACCUUUGAGAAGGCAUGGCUCAAUCUCCUCUUCCAGCUGCAGUAGUUACAAUGAGAUAACCUGGAGGGGGGAGUUGUUAUGAUGCUAAUCUAUACUUUUUUAUUUAAUUGACUGAAUACAUUUUCAAAAAGAAACAGAACUAAUCUCUGAGAAUAAAAUAAACACAAUAUAUUUUCACUAUAUGUAUUUAUGCAGCAUACCUUCACAGAACCUUUUAAAGUAAGAUAUAUAUAUCCUGUAUCAAAAAGUCAUCUGUAACUUAUGUUUUCCAGUGUUGUGUCAUUAAAAAUAAACCUUUGGUCCAAAGAA